UCCAACCACUCGUUCAUCUGCUUCACCAUUUCCUACCAUCCCAUGAAGCCAUGGACAUGUCACUCGAGCACCGGCUCCAUCUCUUCAAUCUCACCCUUCCUCACCAUCCUAUCGACGCCCAAGCACUCUGGCGCCUUCUUCCCUCCGCGACGACGUUUGCUCAAACUCAAUCCCAUCGCUUGUAGUGCCCCUGAUAGUGGCGACACAAGCGUUAACGAUGGUGGUAACGGCGUGCCGGACUCGGUUCAGUCACCGACCAUGCCACCGCCAGGAGCUGUGGAAGUACGCUUCAGAAGAAGGUCAAGAAGGCAGGCCAGGCAAGAGAGGGGUGACGGAGCCGCCUCGAACGCCGCGCAAUCUGCCAAGGCGAAGGUUUCAGGGAGUAACCCAAAGAAGUGGGAGGACAUGAGCUUGACAGAGAAGGCAAUUGAGUCGUACAUGGGAGAGAAGGGUUUACUGUUUUGGCUCAAUAAGUUUGCAUACGCUUCCAUCUUCAUAAUGAUAGGGGCUUGGAUUUUGUUCAGGUUUGUGGGGCCGUCCCUUAAUCUUUACCAACUGGAUUCUCCUCCGCUCUCCCCUUCUUCUAUAUUCAAGGGAUCUUCGUGAUCUCUCAAGAGUUGUGACUUCUCAGUACUGCUUCCUCGGACGAACAUAUUGGUUUGCUUUUCAUCUUGAUGCACAUAACAAGAUUAUGUUACUCUUCACAGAAGUAGAAGUACAAUGAUCAGGAGCUCAUGAUCAAAUAUUCCUUUUUCUCUGCAUGAUUAAAGUCGCAUAGAAUAUAUGAUUUUCAUGUCCAAA